GUCGCCAGCAAAAAUGGCGCUAAACGAUUCAAACGGCGAUUCUAACUGCUACGAGUUCGAUGCCCCGUCCCACGUCAUGGAUUUCCAAGAGCCGGAUAACGCGGACGACGCAGACCUUUGGUUCGAAAAACAGAUGGACGGAGGCCAUCUUGUCACCCCCCAAGUGGUGCCACUGGAAAGCUGCAGGACCGCUGGAAGCCCUCAUGCAACACACGACCAGAAUGGAGAUUCUACUAAAUCCUCAUCGCCACCCUCCAACAUCGUCACAUCAUGGGGUACUGAGGCUGCUGCUGAAAGGGCAGUCCGACCAAAGCGAAAGCCUGCUGCCCCGGCCCAGGCGCGCAGAGUUUCGAAGCGUAAAGAGAAAGCAUGUCCUGCAGAGGUGAUCAAUGCAGCCAAUGCUCCACCACCUGUCAAGAAACAAAGGCCAUUGGGAUCUGAAGAGCAGGAGUUGGAACGCAUCAGAAAUCUCCAGAGGGAAGUAGCUGAACACCGCAGGAAGAAUGAGGCCAGCUACAAGGCUGCUUUGGCUGGAGGACAGCCUUCAAAGAAGUUGGCCGUGUCGACCACUGUGCCAAAAGAGUUCAACUUUUGCACGGAUACACGUGCCAAGGUAGGCUGUGUAUCCAGCACAGCCGCCAAAGAAGUAGACUUCAUAUCCCAGCUCCGCAAUCACCCUUCCUCACCAACAAGGGGUCCUAAAUGUGCCACAGUGCCCAAGCCCUUCAACCUCUCAGCUGGCUGCAAAAGGAACAUGAAGGAGGCAGCAGCCUACAUGUCCAUGGCUGAGCAGAUUGAACAGUUCCAGCGACGUACACCAGACCGCUACCAUUUGCGUAGCCGGCAGAGUCAAGAGAAAGGGCCCUCCCCAGUGAAAGGGGAGCUGCUGAGGAUCACAAGGCCCCACACCCCACAGCUUCUGACCAGACAGAGGACUCGACCUACUAAAAUCAAAAGUUCCGCUGAGCUAGAGGCCGAGGAGAUGGAGGAACUGCACAAGUUUAAGUUCAAAGCCCAGAAACUUAAUAGAAAGAUUCUGGAGAACACCCUGAACCCAAAGAAGCCACUAGCAAAGGAACCCACCAAGCCUGAGAGCUUUGAACUGCAGAUUGAAAAGCGACUCCAGGAGAGACAGAUGAGCAAGAAGCAUCAGGAAGCUGAAGAGCAGCAACACUGCUUCCACUCACGCCCAGUGCCCACAAAGAUCCUCCAGGAGGUGGUGGGAGUACCUGAGAAAAAAGUCCAGAAUCCCACUAUGCCGGAGUCUCCAGCUUUUGCCCUCAAGAAAAGGGUGCGCAUGGACCGGAAGGUUGAGGAAGUGAAAGAACCAUCCCCGAUCAAGGCCAAUCCAGUGCCCCACUUUGGCCUUCCUUUCCAGCCACGACUGGCAGACAAGAGUCACUUCGAAGUGUGCCCAUUCUCCUUCGAAGAGCGUGAUCGAGAAAAGCGGGCCCUGAAGGAGAAGAGACUGGAAGAGAUGCGAAAUGAGGAGGUGCCCAGGUUCAAGGCCCAGCCGUUGCCAGACUUCCAGGAGGUGGCGCUUCCAGAGAAGAAAGUGGUGGAGCCCACCAAACCCGAGCCUUUCAAGCUGCUGAUAGACCAAAGAGGCGCAGUCAGGAAUGAUCGCUGGGAGCAAAUGGUGAAAGACGAGCAGAAACGACAGGCAGAAGCAUUCUUGUUCAAAGCUAGACCCAACACGAUCACACAUAAGGAGCCAUUCCUGCCCAAGAAAGAGAACCGCGGUGUGCUGGAAGGCAUUAACCAUUCCACAGUUGCAGAGGCCUUUGAGCUGUCCACGGAGCGCCGUGCAAGAGAGCGGCUGGAGUAUGACAGGGCGGUCUGUGAGAAGGAGGCUUUGAAGGCACGCAUGGAAGAAGAGCAGCGGCAGGAAAGGGAGGAGCGGGAGAAAGGAGAGAUACUCAAGCUACGUCAAGAACAGGUCCAUAAGGCGAUGCCAAUCCGGCGUUACAAGCCAGUGGAGCUGAAGAGGGGUGACGACAUUGCUUUGACUGUCCCACGCUCACCAAACUUCUCGGACCGCUUCCGCAUGUGACCAACACUGCUGGUGUCAUUUUAUAUAUAAUGUCACUUUAAAGUUUCUCUUUUCUGGCUCUUUGUAUCCUCCUUCAUGUUCUCCGUUUACUCAGACUCGAGAGUUUUGUUACCUGGGCUCUGCAUUGUAAAUAAAAAAAUAUUGACGAACAUUUUUUCCUUGCAUGAUUUUAAUGCCUUGUUGUUCUUAAUAAAGAUCUUCUGA